AGUUUUUAAUUUUCUAUAUCGAUUUAAAUAUUAUUUUUUUUGUUUGCAGAAAUCUUGUAUUUUUGCCGAGCUGCUGAACUGUCAAUCAUCUUACUAUGCCGCUGAACUCUAAGUGAUCUCAGUACUCAGCACAAGGUAAUAUGCAUACCUGCUAAUGACAGAAACGGAAGACAAGGUGAUAACGCGUCUUGGAAUGUCUUCACAUCAUCAUAUAUUUCAUGCUUUCAUUGCACAAUUUAAGGAAAGGUUGUACCUUCGAUUUAUGGGAGAAUACAUUUUGACCCGCGUGAACCCAGCUUUUUCGGAUAGCCUGUAAGAUAAAAGGUUGCUCACGGAGGCGCAACACGUAUUUGGUCUGCGCUGAUUUUGUGGACACUUCAAUAAGGGAACUGAUUUGCAGGCAUCAAAAGAAUGGAGGACAAGGAAGCUGAUGCACAAUACAGCCGCUGGAAUGAGGACAACAUCAACCUCAACGUGGCUGCUUCUCAACCUAUAAUAAUGAGGGUCUAUGACAGGCUGUGCACUGGCAACAUGGGGAUUGCAAUGAAAGUGGCAGGAGCUUUGGCUGUGAUGGUCAUUCUUUACGUCAUUGGAUAUGUCACUGGAUAUUACGUGCACAGGUGCUGACAGAGGAGGCCAAGAUACUAAAAGGAAGGAACACACUCAAACUCCUGCUAUUACCAGGACUGUACGUUUGUCCAUAACACACUGCAGCAACUUUACACUGACUAAUCAAGCCAUGUGUAAAUAAAUCUACAGAAAUCCCAUGAAUGUAAAAAUAUAUGCAUAACUUAAAGCAUUUUGUAUAAAGGAAAACACCGUGAGUGAAUUUGCACUUUCAAAAGAGGGCAUGCAAGUGUGUAUCUGUUCUGUUCUAUUUGUGUUGUGAAAAGUGUUCUGUGUGCCCUGCUGAUUUAUACCAUUCCAUCUGAGCUGUCACCUUAUACUCCUCCCAUGUGAUAGGCAGUUAUUGUCAUUGUUGUUAGAAUGGAUGUGUUUGUGUUGCACUGCCUGGCCCCGACUAAUUAAUGGUGUCUGCAGUCAAAAUCAGAUCAAAACGUUUUUUUUUUUCUUCAAAAAUGUGCUUAUCCCAAACAGUGUUGAACAUUUCUGUGAUUUUAAUUUUGUUUAAUUGCUACUAUCUGUGUGUAUAGACAUUUCUCUAUUUACAAGUUUUUAAAGUAUUAAUGAAAUAUUUUUUUAUUUUAUUUUUAUUGAUUAUUGAUUUGGUUCUGUAGUCCACAAUCUUAUAUUUGUAAUCAAGCAAUUCACAUGUGGGUAAAGUGGAGAUUCUCAUUUUUUAUUUAAGGGUACUUUUAUACAUUUUGGUUUCGUCAUGUAGAAAUGACAGCACUUUUUAUAAAUCGCCCCCCCCCCCCCAUUUCAGGGCAUCAUAAUGUUUGAAACCAAUGGCUUCACAUGUGUUUCUGAUUAGUCAGUUGUGUUCAAUUGCUUCCAUAGUGCAGGUAAAAGAGAGCUUCCGGUAUCUAGUUUUCAUUCUAGCCUUUUUAAUGCCUUUGUAGUUUGUUAUUGGCAUAAUGUGUCAGCAUGAGAACAAGAGUUGUACCAAUAAAAGUCCAGGGAGCCAUUAUGAGGCUGAGAAAUAAGAAAAAACAAAACUUAUGCUAACCAAAACUGGCUAACCAACUGUUUGGAACAUCAACUAAUAUGUUUGCUCAAUCAAAAAUGAUGUUAUUGAUUGAGCAUCCAAGUAUAUGAGAAUGAACACUUGAGUAUUCAGUCUGGAAGAGCAACCACUCCAGUUGUCAUUCAAGAGGAAAUGAGUAGAUGCAUUAAAAAUUAACUAGUGGAAAAUGUUCACUGACACCAUACAAAUGGAUACAUAGUAAGGUGGUGCCAGUAAAAGAAAUAAAUAUAUUUCACAAAAAAGUUUUUAAAAAAA